AUGACCACCACGCCCUCGAGAGAGGCCAGAGCUGCCAGCAUCCCCACAGACGGCAACAGCAGAUCCCCGGAUGGUCCAGGAGCGGGGUCCCAAAAUCAGGUGGGACCAGCGGCUAAUGGUGCCAUAGCAUCACCUGAACAGCAGGAUGUAGAUCAGGCCUCUGUCGAGUCGGUGACCUCCAAACCCACAUCAGCAUCUGGGGAACAGGACAGCUAUGCAGUGGCUGAAGGGCACAGCCAGGAGCCCAGAGAGGCCUCAAACACUCUACAAAUGUCCACAAGCCCCCAGGACCCAGCAUGGGAUGGACAGGGGCAAGAUUCCAGGAUGAUUCAGGGCCUUCAGACCUCCCAAUGUGACUCCCUGGCGGGAGAAGAGACCCCACAAUCGGCAGGCAUCCCGGACAGAGAACAGGAAUCAGCCCCAACCACCCCAAGUACUGAGGUGCAGCCCUCCAGAACCGUGGAUGCCCAGCCCAUGGGGAGCACUGCAGACACGGCUAGUCAGCCGCGUGGUCAGGACACCAGUGCCACCGAGUCUAUGGAGGCGGAUCCUGAGUGUCUGGAGCCCGUGAGCCUUGACACCAAAGCUUUGCCAGGAGCUGAGUCCCAGGGACUGACCGAAGGGGAUUUGGGGGAGCGCUCCAGAGACCUGAGGAGGCCUUCAGUGGCUCCAGGAGGCAGUGGCCCGCCCUCGCCCAGCCCCCAAGAAGUGGCCCUGGGGGGGAGGUCCCUCGACUCCAGCCUUUGCAUGGCCAACGAGGAGGACAGCUAUAUGCGCUCCAUGACCAGCCUGCUGGGCGGAGGCGAGGGGUCCAUCAGCUCCCUGGCAGACGUCCUCGUGUGGUCUGAGACCACCGUGGGCAUGGCCUCGGCCCUGCUGGCCUCCGGCCACAGCUCGGUGACAGACCUGCUGCACAGCCCAGGGCCCAGCCUGCGCUCUGUCUCCAGUAUCCUGGGGAGCACCUUCUCCUCUGGGCUGAUGGCAGGGACCAGCCUGGCCCUGCGCUCUGUCACCCACCUGCUGGAGAGGGUGGAACAGAGGACCCUAGAGGGCGUCCGCUCGGCCGUGCGCUACCUGACCAGCCACCUCGUUCCCCACCAGGCCAUGCCAGCCCAAACUCCGGCUAGACCCCAGUAA